AAAUCUCAUAUUAGCCGAACAAGCAACUCAGCAAGGAUGUCGGUCGGGACAUGCAUUACAAAUACACGUGGUUUGAAAAUGGAUUUUAUAAAAAACAUUACAAGACGGACGUUCAAAUUAGGAGUAUUCUACCUAUUGUGCAAUAUUCUCAUAAUCAACAUUCAAUUAGUUCAGGCACAGAGCACAGAACCGACAACUUCUGUAUCAGCAACAAAUACUACAAUACGAAACACGACUAAUAUAUCCAUCACUGAAGCUGUUACAGAAGCUACAACUAAUAUAUCAAUGAUUGAAGGUGUGACACAAAAUACAACUGAUACAUUAGUAACUGGAGGUGUGACAGAAGCCACGAAUAAUGCAUCAGUGACUGAAGAUGUGACAAAGGUUACUACUUAUGUAUCAGUAACUAACGAUGUGACAGAAGCUACAACUAAUGCAUCAGUGACCGAUGGUAUGGCAGAGGCAACAACUUAUGCAUCAGUUACUGAAGUUGUGACAGAAGCUACAACUAAUGUAUCAGUGACUGAAGGUGUGACAGAACUUGUUACUAAUGCAUCAGUAACUGAAGGUGUGACAGAAGCUACAACUAAUGUAUCAGUGACUGAAAGAGUGUCAGAAGCUAUAACUAUUGAAUCAGUGACUGGUGGUGUGACAGGAGCUUCAAC